CCCCGGAGCAGGCCGGGGCUGGGUUCAAGUCAUGGGCCGUUCCCUGUAGCCGAUAUUCUCCUGCCGCGUCGCACGCCCUGAUCUCGCCUGUCCCGGCCCCCGAGCAGGAUUUCUGAUCCCUGGGCCGGACGCUCUCCCGGAUGGAGCGAGGGGCAGAGCCGGGGGUCCCGGGGCCCCGGGGCGCUGAGGAGACCCCGAGAGACGCCCGCACAGGCGACGGGCCGGCCAGCGAGGCCGAGGGGGAUCCCCAGCCAGCGGGGCCACACGGGAUGGUACCGGGACGACCCCAGGAGAGUGAUCUGCCCAGCCCAGGUGCCUGCGAGCGCCGGCGGGAAAACCCUGCUGGGGAGAGAGACGCGGACCCGGCUCCCCGCGGGGCAGGCGACGAGGGGCUGAACGAAUCCACGAUCCGGGCGGCGGGGACGCCCCACUUCUCUGCCCUGGCGCUGAACGAAUCCACGAUCCGGGCGGCGGGGACGCCCCACAGCUCUGCCCUGGCACUGAAUGAAUCCACGAUCCGGCCGGCAGGGACACCUCACGCUCUGCCCCGGUGCUGA